AUGGAAGUAUUUACACAAAUAAUUAUGCCAAUGCCACAACAUAUAACAAGUGCUUAUGAACAUCUUUCAACAUGCGGUUAUCAAUAUGGAUCUAGUUUUGAAAAACUAAAAACAUUACAUGGUACUUCAACUAUAAUUAUAUCUCAAUUAUCAAAUGAUACUAAUAAUCGUUCAUCUUAUUAUUUACUGCAUCCAUAUCUAGUUUUAUUACCAGGUAUUGAAACAACAUUUCUUCCAGUACGUAUUCAAAAAUUUAUUUAUUCAAGUAAAACAAAAACAAAAAUGAAUCAAUCAACAAACGUUGAAGUACGUGGAAAGUAUCAUGAUAAUAUAUGUGGCAUAGGUCAAGAAGGAAUAUAUAGUUUUGAUUUAUGGACAUUUCCAAUGGAUAAUAAAAUCGAAGAACCAAUAUUUACAUUUGAAGGUGCUGUUAUUCAACAAGUUCAAGGUGUACAUUCUGGUCGAUGGUCAAUGGAAAAAAAAUUCAUGAUAAACUAA